GGAGGUAAUGGGAGGUCAAAGGUCAAGGGAAGUAGAUCAAGAGACAAGGGAAAUAGAUCAAAGGUCAGGGGAAGUAGAUCAAGAGACAAGGGAAAUAGAUCAAAGGUCAAGGGAAGUAGAUCAAGAGACAAGGGAAGUAGAUCAAAGGUCAGGGGAAGUAGAUCAAAGGUCAAGGGAAGUAGAUCAAAGGUCAAGGGAAGUAGAUCAAAGGUCAGGGGAAGUAGAUCAAAGGUCAAGGGAAGUAGAUCAAAGGUCAAGGGAAGUAGAUCAAAGGUCAAGGGAAGUAGAUCAAAGGUCAAGGGAAAUAGAUCAAAGGUCAAGGGAAGUAGAUCAAAGGUCAGGGGAAGUAGAUCAAAGGUCAGGGGAAGUAGAUCAAGAGACAAGGGAAGUAGAUCAAAGGUCAAGGGAAGUAGAUCAAGAGACAAGGGAAGUAGAUCAAGAGACAAGGGAAGUAGAUCAAAGGUCAGGGGAAGUAGAUCAAAGGUCAAGGGAAGUAGAUCAAAGGUCAAGGGAAGUAGAUCAAAGGUCAAGGGAAGUAGAUCAAAGGUCAAGGGAAGUAGAUCAAAGGUCAAGGGAAAUAGAUCAAAGGUCAAGGGAAGUAGAUCAAAGGUCAAGGGAAGUAGAUCAAAGGUCAGGGGAAGUAGAUCAAAGGUCAAGGGAAGUAGAUCAAAGGUCAAGGGAAGUAGAUCAAAGGUCAAGGGAAGUAGAUCAAAGGUCAAGGGAAAUAGAUCAAAGGUCAAGGGAAGUAGAUCAAAGGUCAGGGGAAGUAGAUCAAGAGACAAGGGAAAUAGAUCAAAGGUCAGGGGAAGUAGAUCAAGAGACAAGGGAAAUAGAUCAAAGGUCAAGGGAAGUAGAUCAAAGGUCAGGGGAAGUAGAUCAAAGGUCAGGGGAAGUAGAUCAAAGGUCAAGGGAAGUAGAUCAAGAGACAAGGGAAGUAGAUCAAAGGCCACUGUCAUUGACGUCCUUGUUAUGUUUCUUAUGGCGUCAUGCAGCGUAUUAGCUUAUGGUGACGUCAAGGUGUGGUCAUGA